CAAUUGACAGUCAUCUCUGUCUGCGCCAAGCAGACGCAUGGCAUGGUUGACAAGGAGUCAGAUCUUUGGAGAGUUGGGGUUAUUGUGUCGAUGUUUAUACUUCCCUGCACUCUAUAUGCUGACUACUCACCCUCCCUCCGAGUCGGAAUGCGGGUGGAAAUGAUUCCGUGCUUCUAGGCGCUGCGAUGCACCCGCCCUUUCAUCAGGUGCAGUGACCAAAGACAAAGCCGACGACUGCAUAGAAGCCGUGCCAACCACCACUAUCCCCGAUCUUGCAAAGGCUAUCACCGAAAAGGAGCACGUUGACCUCACCGUAUCUGGGAUGACCUGUACCGGUUGCGAAACCAAGCUUCAGCGGACUCUGGGCACACUACUAUCCGUUCAGAAUCUCAAAACUAGUUGAAUGCUCUCGCGAGCAGAGUUCGACCUCAAUCUCAGUGUCCAGUCGCUCACCGAAUUGCUUAAGCACCUGGAAAGGGCUACCGAAUUUAAGUACGAAAGGAUCACAGAUCAAGGAUCCCGCGCGGAUAUCAUUGUUCCCGAAGCGUCGGAGUUUAUCAAGCAUGCAUGGCCUCGUGGUGCUACUGAGAUGACUGUCAUUGAUCUCUCCGGGGACGACGAUGGCCCUGUCCGCUCAAUUGCAGGGCAGCUCGCGAAAUCAACCACCGACAGCCAUAUUCAUCGGCGCGGCACAAACGACGCCGUGGCCCUGGCCACGGCCACAAUUGGCGUCCACAUGAAUCAGGAAACCGGCAGCGAGGUCGCCAAAUCCGCGGCGGACGUCGUGCUCAUGCGUCCCAGCCUCCUCAGCGUGCUCCAUGAUCCGUAUGAGUGGGAAGGCCGGGCAUUUGUCAAUGCGCGGAUCCCGCCGGAGUUUGCGGGGCUAGAAGAGCUGGUCAGCGUCUUGCCGGUUCUUGGUGUUGCUAUGCUGUUGAGAUGGGCUAGGGUUUAG